AUGUCGCCAUCUAACGAAGCUAUCACCAACCUCGCCGCCCUCGAAGGCUAUAGGGCCAUAUCGCCUACCAUCCUCGCCUGCCACAUCGCUAGCCGCAUCGCCUGCUACAUCGCCUGCCGCAUCGCCUACCGCAUCGCCCAGAUCCUUGCCCACCACAUCGCCUACCGCAUCGCCUACCGCAUCGCCUACCGCCUCGCCUGCCGCAUCGCCCAGAUCCUCGCCUACCGCCUCGCCUACCGCAUCGCCAGCCAUAUCGCCUACUACAUCGCCUAG